AUGACUACAUACAGGACAUUGCGCUCCAUCUACCACAGACAUAUCAGAGGGACACUCCUUAUCGCAGUGGCAAUACUGACUAUAUUCCUAAUGUUAACAUGGAAACCACACUUCAUCAAAAAAUUCCACCUAUUUUGUCCAUCAGAAAGACACCAAAGCCUUUCUGAAAUAUUCCGUAUUGCCGGAAUAAACGUGAUACCAUCCGAAUUACAGAAACCGGAAAAUAAUGCGACGGCAAUUAAGGGCGGAUCCAAGAUCGGUCAUAUUGUGGUCGACCCUUAUGAACACGAGUGUCUGAAUAUCAAGACUCCGGACAGAAGAGACGCCUAUGUUAUUUGUAUACAUGAUCCUUACAGGGAUUUGAUUGUAUCUGGACAUCUAAAGGCGGAAGGUUCCUGGGAGCUGCAGCAUAUUCAGGCACUCUACGAAGCUCGGGAGAUGUUUUCGGACAUUGCUCUCGUGGACCUGGGCUGCAGUAUUGGCGUCUUCACCAUCCCGGCUGCCAGAAUAGGCAUGGAGGUCAUAGCGGUGGACACCAUGUUGGAUAGCCUUCGGCUGCUGCAGCGAUCACUUGUCAUGAAUGACCUCACGUGCCCGGUGACCCUAGUCCACAAUGCCGUCCACCGGAAACGAGAGAAGAUGCAUUUAGUGAUUGAUGCAACCAAUGUGGGCGGAGCUAGCGUUAGAGAAGUUCCCGCUGAUAAACUUGGGAACGACAGUCAACUGGUGGAAGCCAUUUGUCUGGAUAACCUUGUGCCCUUGGUGAGAGAGAAAACAGUGUUUCUCAAGAUUGAUCUGGAGGGGUCCGAGGCAGCUGUCUUUGAGUGUGCUGAACAUUUCUUCAGUCGUGUAAACGUUGAGGUUUUACUAAUGGAGUGGGCGUAUCUACGUAAAAACGACAAAGACAGUUUAUCCGUCAUAAACUUCCUGAUGACACAAAACAUGGAACCCAUGGGAAGUUUUAAUAAAGAUCAAACUUUGGACAUAUUUGCUGCAAAAAUCUGGCCGGAUCAAGUCUAUUGGAUGAAAACGAAACGUUAA